UAUAUAUAUAUACAGUUUCACGCCAAAAGCGAGGGGAGGAUAGGAUUGAAUAGAAUUGGGAAUUAGGGUUUCUGAGUGCGAACGCGAAGAUGAUCGAGGUGGUGCUGAACGAUCGAUUGGGGAAGAAGGUGCGUGUGAAGUGCAACGACGAUGACACCAUCGGCGACUUGAAGAAGCUGGUGGCGGCACAGACUGGAACAAGGGCUGACAAGAUCCGAAUCCAGAAGUGGUACAACAUCUACAAGGAUCACAUCACUCUCAGGGAUUACGAGAUCCACGAUGGCAUGGGUCUCGAACUCUACUACAACUAAACCCUAAAGGUGUGUUUUAUGGGUUACUAUGUGCCUGGAAUGGGAUGAAGGAGCAACAUGUAAUUUCGACUCUGCAAAAAAAAAACCUUGGAUUGUAAUAAUGUAUAUCCCUCAAUGAAUCAAUGAUAUUUUGGCUUCAUUUGCUGUUGGAAGCAUCAGUUGUUAACUAUAUAUAUAUAUAUAUAUAUAUAUAUAUUACAUGUACUGACUUAUUUCUA